AUGGCUUUUUAUUUGUUAUUAUGUUCUUUCAUUUAUUUAUUUUCUUAUCAUAUUUCUCUAACAGUUCAGGAACAAAUUGAAUAUGAAUGUGUUGAUAUCUACAAGCAACCUGCAUUUCAACAUCCAUCGAUGAAGGAUCACCAAAUCCAAAUGAGACCAAGCGCCGAGUUUCAAGCUACGCUAUCGAUGGAAUCAGAAACAUCAGAGAUGGUCAAUGGUAAAUCUGAAGAACGUUGUCCUAAAGGACAAGUACCAAUUCACAUACCUCAAAGUAACUACACUAAUACCUUAAUCCAUCCGGAGAAAACAAUUACAGCAGCUAAUCUUCAUUAUGCAAUUAUCAAAACAUUUGACAAUUCCACAAAGAAGAGAUACGGUGGAGCACAAGCGCUUUUCAAUCUCUACAAACCAAAGGUAUUGGAAAAUCAGUUUAGCAAGGCUUGGAUUUGGUUAAAUCACAGAGAAAAAGAUAUGAUAAGCAGCAUUCAAUUCGGUUGGGCUGUGCAUACAGGAUUGUACCCCGAUGAUCAUCCAAGGCUAACAACAUUCUGGGUAUCAGAUAGACACCAAAACGGAUGCUACAACACGUUAUGUCGAGGAGGAUAUGUCCAAGUCCAUAAAUCAAUCUACCCCGGUAUGGUUUACGAUAAAGUUAGUGUUUUAGGCAAAAAACAAUACGACGCGCAUCUUCUCGUCGGUCAGGAUUCCAGAACAAAGAGCUGGUUAUUGAUGACCAGGAAGACCUUGAUAGGCUACUGGCCCUCUCAAAUUUAUUCGAUGGAAGGAGCAUCACAAGUUUACUUCGGCGGGUAUGCAGGCGGGCCAACUGGAGCUAUCAGCCCUCAGAUGGGGGCAGGGACUUUUCCGAGACAAGUACGAUUUCAAAACAAGCUAGCAUGUUUCAUGAAACAACUUAAAACUUUCGCAGACGACGGACUGAGCGAUAUUAAUUGCCAUGAGUAUGAGGAAUAUGUGAAUAGUCCAAUGUGUUAUGAUGUAUGGUAUCGUCAGUUUGAACUAGGCAGAGGAGAGACGCUCACAUUCGGUGGACCUGGUGGGGAGUGUGGUAUGAUCUAA